UGCUGGAUGAGCAGGAAUGGGUGGGGCACCGGGCAGGCAGGAAAGCAGGAGCUGCGAACUCCCAGCUCGCUGCCCUCCCCCAAGCCCGAAAAGGCUGAGGCGGGCUGGUGGCUGCAGCAGGGACCAACGGCUCUGCCCGCCGGAGUUUGCUGAGGUCCUGCUGCCAGAUCCAUCGCAUCUCAUUUCAUCAGCCCUUAUGGACAUCUCACGUGACGGGGACUUUACUACCUUAUUUAAAGGAAGAUCAAAGUACCGAGGCUUCAUCCUGCUGAUCACCUUCUUAAUCUACACCUGUUAUCACAUGUCCAGGAAGCCCAUCAGUGUCGUCAAGAGCCGUCUGCACCACAACUGCUCAGGGAUGAUCCGGCCCAUCGGCGACACCCACAACGACACCACGUGGUGCAACUGGGCCCCAUUUGAUCAGAGCAACUACAAGCAAUUGCUGGGGGCGGUGGACAACGCCUUCCUCGUGGCCUAUGCCGUCGGCAUGUUUAUCAGUGGCAUUUUUGGGGAGCGGCUCCCCCUCCGUUACUACCUUACAGCCGGAAUGCUGCUCAGCGGCCUUUUCACCGCGCUCUUUGGCCUGGGGUAUUUCUGGAACAUCCACGUGCUCUGGUACUUUGUUCUUAUCCAGAUCUGCAAUGGACUCGUCCAGACCACGGGCUGGCCCUCCGUGGUGACCUGCGUGGGCAACUGGUUCGGGAAGGGGAAGCGGGGGCUCAUCAUGGGCAUCUGGAAUUCGCACACGUCCGUAGGCAACAUCCUGGGCUCCCUGCUCGCCGGCAUCUGGGUGGAUGAGCGGUGGGGCCUGUCCUUCGUGGUGCCCGGCGUCAUCACCGCCAUCAUGGGCCUCAUCACCUUCUUCUUCUUCAUCGAAUACCCAGAAGAUGUGGACUGCUCCCCGCCUCAGCACCAUGGUGGGCUGGAAGAGGACGGGGACAGCGCUGAGGACCCUGGCAACGGACCCCAGUCCAACAGAGAGAACGGCCUGGAGUCUGCCGUCAGCUCCUCCAAGGAGCCAAGUGCUCAGCCCGCUGCCAUCAGCUUCUUUGGGGCGCUCUGGAUCCCGGGUGUGGUCGAGUUCUCCUUGUGUCUGCUCUUUGCCAAGCUGGUCAGUUACACCUUCCUCUACUGGCUGCCGCUCUACAUCUUCAAUGUGGUCCACUUCAGUGCCAAGGAGUCUGGGGACCUGUCCACGCUCUUCGAUGUUGGUGGCAUCGUAGGCGGCAUCCUGGCGGGGCUCGUCUCUGACUACACCAAUGGCAGGGCCACCACCUGCUGUGUCAUGCUGAUCUUGGCCGCCCCCAUGAUGUUCCUGUACAACUACGUUGGCCAGAGCGGGAUCAGCGUCUCCAUAGUAAUGCUGCUCAUCUGUGGAGCCCUGGUCAACGGCCCUUAUGCCCUCAUCACCACUGCUGUCUCGGCCGACCUGGGGACUCACAAGAGCCUGAAGGGCAACGCAAAGGCGCUCUCCACCGUCACGGCCAUCAUCGACGGCACGGGAUCCAUAGGUGCGGCUCUGGGGCCUCUGCUGGCCGGGCUCAUUUCCCCCACAGGCUGGAACAACGUCUUCUACAUGCUCAUCUCUGCCGACAUCUUGGCCUGCUUGCUUCUCUGCCGGUUGGUGUACAAAGAGAUCCUGGCCUGGAGGUCAUCAUCCCUGAGUAGAGACAGAGGCUCUAGUGUGGCCCUAACCCACGCGCGGUAGUAUUUUCCUCAAGUCCCGUGACUUUUGUGAGUAUUUUCUUCAAGUCUCUAACUACCGUGCCCUUAGAGUGCAUGCGAAGCCUCUCUCCUCCAGUGCGGUUUUUCUGACUUUCGCUUUCUCCUUGGGGGCCAGUUCCAAAGGCUCUGGGUCCGGGCAGAGUGUGGUGCUUGGGAAGUGUUUCCUAAGGGGCCGGAGCUGCUGUGAGGGUCGGCAGCCUCUCCUCCUUAGGGAGGGAGAUAGGGCUUUGGACGUAGACCUCAGGACAGAGGGGCCAGCAUCCAGGGAAAUCGUUUUCCCUCUGAACUUGGACCCUGAGCCGUCUGUGCCUCCCGAAGUUCAGAAGCCAAGGGCACCUGGCCCCUCUGCCUGGGGUGUGCAGACAAAAGCGGCUACCAAGCAAAGCCUCUGGAGCAAAGCCCAAAGCUGGCCUGCUGUGCUCUCUGCCUGUUGCCCGGCGGUGGCGGGCGUGGAGGCCGUGCAGAUAGGCCCGUGGCUGAGGCAGCGCGCUAGAGGCUGGGCCGCGCGGCGGCUGCUGCUGGGGUUGGCAAUGUUCUCUCGUGGCCUUUCUGGCUCUCCUUAGGAAGCUCUUGCUAAUGAGAAGCUGCCGGAGCGAUGGACCUGGUCUGGAUGGUAAAUGUGAGGAAGCGCCCCCUGGGGUCAUGGUAACCAGCACUGUAUCUGGGGAAGGACUUCCCUUUGAGGAAGGCUGUCGUCCGGGUUCAGGGGGAGAGGAAUGCAGGGCAGGAGGCAUUAACAGGGUCUGUGUCCUGCCCUGCCCUGGAGGGGGAGCUGUGGAUGGCACCUCACUCAACCGGUGCUCCUUCCACCUGCUGUCCCCCGCCCGGGCCUGGGGGGGGGGGGGCGUUGGGAGGAGAGGAAGUGAUGCAGAAAGGGAAAAGAAUGAGCGCGUAGUAAGCAUCUGCUCUGCGCGUGAGCUGAGUCUGUCUGUAGCUGUACUGGCUUCCCUCUCAGCAGCCUGGAGAGGUAGAUGUUCUCACUUAGAGGUGAGAGAACAGAGGCUCGGAACUCAUGGGACACGCCUCAGGCCUUUAGCUGGUCCCAGCAGAGCCUGAGUUUGGCCCCAGGUGUGCGGGGUUGGCUUCUCUCUGCAUCCUCAGCGGGUCCUUCUCUGAGGAAGUCGUGUGUGGGAGAAGGAGAGUCGCUUGCUGGGGCACAGGGAGCCCGGGGCUUGAAACCAGAAAUGCUGGACAAUCCUGACUUCUCUGCUCACCUGCUUCUGUAGAGCCUCGGGCACCUUCUCUGAAUGUCCGCGUCCUUGUGUGUCAAAUGGGGAUGCUCGUUUCUAAAUACCUGAUAGGGCUGAUCUCGGGCUGCGACAAGCUGGGUAUGUGGUACUGCUUUGCAGACUGGUCAGACGCGGUACGGACGUUGUAAGCUUUUUCACGUUAUUCUGGCUUGGUGUUCCCUGCUUGCCGAAGAGGUGACAGGGAGCCCUAAUUGUAGUGAACGGGAUGAAAGGCAAUUAUUAAGGGACCCUCGGGACCCGCCUUCCCCGUCCCCACCGUUGGGGCAGGAGCUUGUUAACCCGUGUCUCACCUUCUCUUCCACUGCCUCUCUGCUCCUC